AUGUUUAUGCUGCAAGAGUACGAAAUUUGCAUGCAUACGAUGCCAUCAGUAAAAAUGUAUUGUCUCGAUGGACUUUUCCUAUUGUUUCAGACGGUAAUCUUCAAGGUGAUAACUAUGAGUUUAUGUGUGGACAUAUUUAUAAAGAGAAAGAUGUUUUGUUAUCAAGACCUUGCUCACUUGGUGAGAAAGUAUUGAUCGGUGCCGGUUCAGAGAUUGUCGAAAAUGUUAAGAUAACAAAUUUUGUCAUCGGUCGAAGAGAUACAAUAGAUGGUGCUUAUAUUUGGGAUGACGUAAAAAUCAAAUCAAAUUGUUCUGUAUUCCUACUGGUGAAGAACGUUGUACUAGAUGAGAAUGUCAUCGUCAAAAAGGAUGUAUACUUUCUUAUGAGUGAUGAGAUAUCAUACGCAAAUGAUGAUGAGCUUGAUGUAAAGAAUAUUCAAGUUGUGGGGCUUGCUUAUGAUAUCUCCAAUAUAUCUCUUACUGAUAGUGAUUCACCGCCAUUAGUGAUAUACAAUUCUUCAGAUGAAUCAGCCACUGAAGAAGGAUCUUUAAAAGAAUUCUUCAAAGAACUAUAUUUUUUGGAUGUAUUGGAUGAGGAUGCAAUUCUGGAAUGGAAUUCGUCUGAUCUCGCUGACAAUGAUCCUUCAAAAUCUAACAUAAGAAAACGG